GACGCGUUCAGCAUUUUAUCUAUGUACAUACACUUUUGUGGAUGUGCGAGUUGUGUCAGUGUGUUGUGUGGUUCUUUAAGUAGAAAAAUCACGGUUUUCUAAGAUUUAAAUAACAACCUAUACCAAUCUUGAGUUUUGUAACAUUUAUUUUUAAAGAGGUAGCAAACUGCUGCAAAUGUCAGGCGUGGAUCAGAUGAAAAUAUCAGGAAACACAGCUAAAUCGGUUGAGGAGCGUAAUAUACCAUGGAGCCAACAAGUCGAUGAGGCAUCGUAUGAAAAUUUGUCUUCUCCAAUCCACGAUGAUUGCUCUGCACAUGAAAACUCGAUGCAAUUCCAAUAUCCGCCGUUUAAUCUGAAAGAGAAUUAUAAUCUACCAUGGAGUAACAUGAACAAGGGUCGACAAAUUUCUGCAGACCAUGAUUCAUAUAAAAGACAUGGACAUGGAAUUAAUACUAAUACUCGACGAGAUGAUCACCAAAUAAAUUCUUGGAAUUCGAAGAAAGUGGCUGAAUUAAGUUCUGCACUUCAGCCAAAUCGUAAUGAAAAUGAAUACCGGUCAACACAAAUUGAUAACCGUACAUGCGAUGACGCAGAAUUUCAUGGAGCUGUGGCAGCACCCAAAAAAACAACGUGGGCUUCUAUUGCUUCCCAGCCGGCUAAGCUGUCAUCCAGAGCUGCAUCGACUACUUCCAAUCAUAAGAAAAAGGGUCCUGGUAUGCCACCACCACCAAUGGUACCAGGAAAACACAAUUUAGAUGUUAAUAUAUGGGACUUACCAAAUAAUAAGCCACCACCUGUACCAACACCACCAUCACCGAUUGAUUUGGUUUAUUCUGAUUUUACCCCUGAGUUUUCAAAACCAGCCAACCAACCAACAGAGCCUCCUCUAGGGGUACGAUCUGAAAAGACUUACAAAGACACGGAAAAUUUUCAUAACUACGAGAACAAAAGCUUGGGUAAUGUAAGUAAUUCCAGCAGAAUAAGAGUAUCCCCAAACGGUCACGCUCGAAAAAAUCUCGGAACACAUCUCGGUCAUCAGGCAGUAGGUCCACAAAUUUGUCAUUUGGGAACCCUUGGACCACCUAGCCGACGACCCGAAAGUGUUAAUCCUACGAAUCGGACUACUGACCGUACAGGCAGCUAUUCUAGUUCCCGCAGUGAUUUUGAAAUUACAUCCAAGUGUAAGCAUCUGGAUCAAAACAGUUCUCGACCAAAAGAGCUGCCUGCAACUGAAGACAUACCUGUUGAUCCACAAUUACUGUUGGAUGAAUUAAAAGACAAAAACAACUACAAUCCAAAACAAAUGGACUUAAACAAAGCCACAACAGCACGUUUUUUUGUCAUCAAAUCGUAUUCUGAAGAUGAUAUUCACCGCAGUAUAAAGUACGAAAUUUGGUGCUCAACUGAUCAUGGAAAUAAGCGUUUGGAUGAUGCUUUCAAAGAGAGACAUAAAGAAGGUGGAAAUAUUCUGCUCUUCUUUUCUGUCAAUGGGUCUGGUCACUUUUGUGGGAUGGCGCAGAUGAUGACUCCAGUAGACUAUAAUUCUACAUCUAGCGUUUGGUCUCAAGACAAAUGGAAGGGCAAGUUUAAGGUUAAAUGGAUAUAUGUAAAAGAUGUACCUAAUGGGAAACUCCGCCACAUCCGCCUGGAAAACAAUGACAAUAAGUCAGUGACGAAUUCCAGGGAUACCCAGGAAGUUCCAAACGAUAAAGGCAUUGAGGUGUUACAAAUAUUGCACUGCUAUAACCAUUCAACGUCCAUUUUCGAUGAUUUUUUUCACUACGAAAAGAAACAAGAAGAAGAAGUUUCCUCAAAGCGUCCUCCAAUGUAUGUUCCCGAUGGCAAUAAUCAUGUCAAACCAACACCAAGUCGCAGUUUUAGUCGAAACUGUGACGAUAAAGAAAGGGAACGCGAUAACCGCGGCAGAGCUGGAGCUGGUUUCCGUAAUGCAGUUCAUAGAGGUUCCGCAGGAAGCGGCGGUGGCUUUCCAAUCAAUUACACUGAAUAUCGUCGUGGCUUUGACAUACAAAAAACUUUCAGUGGUGGUUAUCACUUAAAAGAUAGAGAGAGCGUUGAGUUUGAGAGAGAAAACGAGUAUGGAAAUCAGCAUGUUUUAAAAAACAGGAAAAAUGAACCACAACAAAACAGUGCCAUUAAAGGCAAGUUAAAAAAUCGAGAUCGAGAUUUCAGUACUGAACAUACGAAAAUCGACGUACGCUUUCGUGCUGGUCUGUGCACAUCUAAAGAUAUGACAAGAAGUACUGAUAAAGAUCCGAAGCAAUGAAUAUUACUUAAACAUAAGCUCGCCAAGAUUCAUUAGGAUUAUUUUUCCAAAUAAUAUUAAAUGGACCCCCUUAAAUCCAUGAAAAUUUAAGUGCUUUGAGACGUUAAUGUAAAAGUUUUAGAUUUUUUUAACCAUUUUGUGUGUAAGAAGAAAACCCCAUUUCAUGAUAAAUAUAUAAAAAAUAAAACCAAACAAGUGGGAACUAGGAUAAAUCAUUAAAAUAUGAUAACAUUUUUACGUAAUUAUUUAUUACAAUAUUUAUAUAAAUCUAUUGACGCUCACAUUGAACAGUACAUACUAAAACUAACGACCGAUUUUGCCGAUUUGUACAAGAUUUCAAAAUAUCAAGGAACUUUCUACUGUCAUUCCUUGUAGUUGCACUGUAACAAUUUUUACAAGUUAUCUGAAUAUAAAUAAUGUUUACACGACUUAUGUAUGUAUAAUAUAAUUAAAGGAUCCAAUUAAUUA